CGGUAAACUGUCCUUGUCCUGAAACUCGCUCCGAAGUCGUAGAUUCAGUAUCAACUGACUUCAGGGAUGAAGUUCUAGGACGAGGUAACGUGCGAAGUAGUGUAGAUGUGGUGUUAUCAACUCCGAGCUUUGCACGCGGAACUUCUACACCGACGUGCCAAUGACCAGAUGGUGGAGGUGUUCACACCAGACCGACAGGGACCACGGUUGUUUGAUUACCCAGGAUAUAACUUCGACUUGCGUUCUGGAAUUUGUGGAUUAUGAUGGUAGGCUCUCUUGGUGGUCUGUUGAAAAAUGCCAUCACCUGAUACGAAGUCCAGGCUUGACGAUUGCCAAGCACAAACCCAUUGAGCCAUGCAGAGCUGAGGGAAAAUGUUCGAAAAUAGGAAAUAGCUUUACAAUUCAAUUUGAGUUCCGGAACCAAGAGAUGAAACAUCCAGCUCAACGCAUGAGAACUGUGAGACAGCCUCUCAAAGCUAAAGUUGAGUGAGGCACAUAGAAUCUUGGGUCCAAGCUUCAACACAUGCAAACUGAAGCUCAAGGAUACUACCGCUAUGGAGUUGGCAACGUCACUCAAGAUCGAGGGGGUUCAAGACAGCGGGAUGGUGACCGUAUGCGGCAGAGACUCCGCUUGGAGAUCAGAGACAGUUGAGGCACUUGCAGAUGGGGGAAAUGUGAUGCCGGUACCCCGGCAGAUGUGGACUGGGCCGUUCGAUACGCUCAAGUCGAGAUGAAAAACCAUGUAUGUCAGAUUUUGACAUGCAAGAAGAUCCAAUUGCACUCUGAACGGGUGUGGGAACGCGUAUCCGUUGGGUUCGAAAGCAGAAAGGGCAACAACCGAUCAAUUGCUUCUUGUUACUCUUUAUGGUCACUGACAAGGGGAUGAAACCCAGGCGAGGCGGUCCUCUAUUCCAUUUGGCCGAAUAUUGAGGUGGUUGAAGGAGCAAACUCUCUCAGCAAACGCAAUGAUGUUGUAUAUGCGGUCCUCCUGGUUUCAGUUUGAGAAGCGAUGCGUUAAAAUGAGGGUUGAGCGCCCGUUGAAGCCCAUGUAGGGCAUUCUUGACAUUCAACGGCCACCGAUCUUGGCUUGUGGGAGCCAGGGUCCCGGACGGGUGGCUUUCCAAAAGUGUGGCAGACUGCAGGACACUUGCAGCUCGCAGCGGUUUAAUGGUGACCAGGGGGGUUUUCGACAUGCCUUAGUGGCAAUGGGGGCGGUUGAAAUGCCGGGACAGCCAGAUUAAGCCGGCGACAGGUUCCUUGUGGAUGGAUAGCGGAUUUGGUGUCGUUUCCGGGGAGAGUAAACUGUGCCGGGUACUCCAAGAUCAUAGUCAGUUGAGCAGGAUGAGGAUAUCUGCCAAGAGAGUUCUAUGUAGGGUAGCUAUCAAAGAGGAUCUCAGAAAGUCCAAUACCGGAUAAUUAGAGAUGGUAAUCAGGCGGAUUACCAUAUCUGGGCGGCUGAGACUUGCGAUCGACUAUGGAGUCGCCAUGCAUCUGGAAAAUUUGGUAGCGAGGCGAAGAGACAAGCGACAAGGCCUGCCACGUUGUCUUUUUCGAUCAAGCAAGCAGGGAACUACAGCACAUGCGGGCAGGCAUUUCCCUGUAAUCCUUGCUUGAUUUGUCAACCGGGAGGUGACGGUUGACGAUGAUGCGUGGGUAUGUACGUCGAUGUUUGUGAUGAAGACGGAGAAGCUAAGAGAAAGAGUUCUGAGAUACGAUGAAAAAUAAAAUAAAAGGGGUGACAGACGAGAUUUCGAUUACAGGGUCUUGAGCAAACUAUUCAGAGUGGGAAGGUACGGAAGGUAACAGUCGGUAGCUAAGGCAGGUAUGAAUAAGUUAAUGGUUUCCUGGGUUCAUGUUCCAAUCCGUGUAAGCGGGAAAGUGGAAAGUGGAGGAGGAGGGGAUGGAGAAGGAGAGAGUAUGGGGUCAUCCAUCAGUCACAGAUCGAAAAGGGAAGUAGGCCCAGAACAACUUCACUUUGCCUCGGUGCAUCUCGCUGAAAGGGGAUAAUCAGAAUCAGACCAUACACACACAC